AUGUCGGCAUUUCCGUUCUCUACGACCCAAAAGGCGCAAUUGCAGAUCCACGGACUACAAGGACAUCCUCGAAAGACCUGGACCUGCGAAAGCAACCCACGACAGCCGCCAUAUGGGUCAAGUGAGCCGAUUGAGAAGGCGUUGAAGAAGCUGUUCUCGCGGAAGCAUAAAACGGGCCACAAGGACACGGAGAAGCGGGAAACAGCAGAGGUCUUUUGGCCACUGGACCUCCUCCCGCUAGAUUGUACGAAUUCUCGAAUUCUUACGUGGGGCUACGAUUCAAAAGUAUCGCACUUUUUUGGCGGCGCCAGCAAUCAAAGCAAUAUAACCGCCCAUGCCCAGAAUCUUCUAGCUGGACUGAAAAGAUCCAGAUUAGAUUGUCCGGGGAGAAGUAUCCUUUUCGUGGCGCAUUCACUCGGAGAACCCAUGCUGCUGGACAUUUAUUCCUCCACCUUUGCAAUCACUUUUCUUGGGACUCCUCAUUUUGGAAGCAAUAAGGCUGGAAUUGCGGAGGUUGCUCGCAGGAUGGCUUCUGUCUCGGGAUUCGACACUACCGAUAAGAAUAUAAGGGCGCUUCAAGUUGACAGCACAGAACUGGAGCUCAUCCACGAGCUUUUUCUCCAGAUAUAUGACUGCAAAGAACGACCAUUCCAAGUCAUCACAUUUCAGGAAGCGAAGGGCAUAGCUGGUAUAAAUUAUUUGAAGUUGAACGAAAAGGUUGUUGAGCCAUUCUCUUCCAGGAUUGGCAAUGAACCAGUACAAACUAUCAAUGCGAACCAUAUGUCUAUGUGCCGAUUUCCAAGCAGGGAUGAUGAAGGAUAUAAGCAAGUUGUAGGAGAAGUUACGAUCCAGCUAUCUGGAAUACAGUCGAAGAAGAACCAGGAUGUAACGGAAGGGAACAAAGAGAUGCCACACGUGUAUACUGGGUUUUCGAGCCCAUCAACAGCCUCGGCGGUACACUCUUUGACUGAUGCAGAGAGAAACUCAGCCGAGUACAAAUCAUCGCUUCCUGCUCGAGUUGAGGGAACGUGUCAGUGGAUUCUGUCAAAUUACAAAAAUUUGGACUGGAAUAUGCAAGACAAAACUUGCCUUCUGUGGAUAAUUGGCUACCCAGGCAGCGGAAAGACGAUUCUCUCUGCCUAUCUGCUCGAGUGUCUGGGAUCAGGAGAUCAUUCCCCCAACUCACGAUCAACAACACUGUGCUACUUCUUCUGUGACGAGAAGAUUGAAACGCAAAGAGAUGGUAGGGCGAUCAUCCGAAGCCUUAUUCAUCAGCUUCUGAUGCGGCGACGGUCCUUGAUCAAGUAUGUUAAAGCUGCUUACGAUGUUGCCGGUCCGCAGUUUGACCAGAGUUUUCAUGGCCUCUGGAAAAUCUUCAUUGCCAUUGCCAGGGAUAAACGAGUCGGGCCUUUGAACGUCCUCAUUGACGCUAUUGACGAAUGUGAGCAGAUAACCAGGGAGGAAUUUCUGCGAGAUAUUGUCGAUCUAAUCAACCACUCACAAGAUGACAUCCAGCAAGACCUGCAACUUUCGUCCAUACCAAGGUUGAAGGUAUCGCCCGUCGAACUCAGUGCAAACCAGAGUCCAUCAAUCACUCAAGGAGUUUCUUCAAACUCUCGCAACUCGUACCAAAAAUCCCUUGUCGGCUCUCUACGGCGUCUCGUUGCCGAAAUGCUCAUAGCUCAAGCCUGCGUAUCAUAUCUGUCACUUGAUGACUUUCGACGAGACUUCGUUUCUCAAGACCAGCAAAAAACCAAGGUGGAAGAAUCACCCAUUUCUCCAGUCUCAAAAUCUAUGGAAGGAGAGGCCCUAAGCUUUUGGGACAUGGUUGAUUUGGGAGAAGAUGCACUAUUUCGGGACCCUUCAGCCACAGAGGCAGAGGCGUGUGCAUUUAUUGAAACUCAACACCCCUUUUACGACUAUUCUGCGAGGCACUGGGCACAGCACUUUUCAUCAGCUUACAUGAUAAGCCCACAAACCGUUCGUAAUGCCGUCAUUGAAUUAUCGGACGUUACCAGUCGUCAAGGAUUGAAUUGGUUCCGAUAUUACUGGCUCUACGCUGAAACAGAAUUGGCGUUUCCCAGAGAUUUUGUCCUCGUUGUGACCGCAAGCUAUUUUGGCCACCUGACUUCCUUAGACUCACUCUUGCCUGAGGGCAUGUAUAUUGAACCCCAAUUAGGAGGUCGUGCUAUCUAUUGGGGGGCUCGAAUGGGACAUCAUGCUGUUGUGGACAAACUCCUUGAAGUGCGCGCCAGUCCCGAUAUAAGCAUCAUCAACGGGCAAACUGCCCUCACUGCUGCGGUACAGUUCAAUCGAUUGAAUGUAGUCAAGAGCCUGUUAAAGGAGGAGGGGCUUCUUAGCGAGUCCGAUGAAUAUCGGGUCAAUCAUGCUCCAAUGCAAGGACGGACACCCCUCUCCAUUGCUGCUGGCAAUGGCCUUGUUGAAAUCGUUCGAGAGCUUCUACGGCAUAGUCGAAUCCAGCCUGACAUCGCAGACUUCGACCAGUGGACUCCUCUUUUCUGGUCAACCAGCGGAAAUCACUUGGACGUGCUCCAAUUGCUGAUCAUCGACGGUCGUAUGCCCAUAAACCAUGUCGACAAGUCGGGUCGGAAUGUCCUCUCUUGGGCCGCUUCGGCUGGCGAGCCGGAGCUCGUCAAAUACCUUCUAAGCCUAGAUCAUCUGAGAGCUGAUGAACCUGAUCGGCAUGGCAGAACUGCACUGUCGUGGGCAGCGGGAAAUGGGCAUCUUGAAACGACUAUGAUUAUCCGACGUAGUCAACGUAUCCAUGCAUCAAUCAAGGAUAACGACGGGCGAAAUGCACUCUCCUGGGCCUGUCGGGGUGGUCAUUAUCAAGUAAUUGAGUACUUAAUCAAGCACGAUCGGAAAGGGGUCGAUGAAGAGGACGUGGACAGCUGGACACCGUUGGCAUGGGCGCUCUUUAGCCAAGCUCCUCGGACUGUCCAGGUGCUUCUUGAUUCGGGCCUGGUGGACGUCAAUAAGAAAGACAGAAAUGGGCGGAGUGCGCUCUCUUUUGCAGCAGGUUACGGAUACCUAGAAGUCGUCCAGAUACUACUGAGAGUCAGGGGUAUUGAAAUUGAUAGCGAAGACAACGAUGGCCGGACACCUCUAUCACAUGUCGCACGGCACAAAGAUGUUGUGAAGGCCCUAGAACAGGCUGGAGAAUAG